AUGGAUAAGAGAGUGUGUAAAUUCUUCUAUUCUAUAAGGAACUCGAUUUCCGAUCAAUUAGACAAUAAAAAAAAAUAUAAAUUAAUUAAUGAUCAACCUAUCAAAGAGUAUUGUGCUGGUAAUAGUUGUGAUGAUGAUCUCGAAAAAAUUAAUGCUGGAUGUUUAUUUUUAUUUGAUGCAUUAUUUAAGGAUAAUUCUGUGUUUAAGUAUCAUAAUAACAUCAAUAUGGUUAAAUACAUUUUCAUAUGGUUAAGUUAUAUGUUAAACCUAAAGGAACAAGUAGGAGAUGUGAACAAUCUACAAUAUUUUUAUAAUAUGUAUAUGAAGAGUGGUGAUAAGUACACAAAUCCUAUAACUGAUGUUACGGAGUAUAAAAGUUAUAAGGAUCUUGUAGAUAAAACAAAGAUGAUGGAUAUGGAUAUUAAAUAUAUAUCUAAAUUUUAUGAUGCAUUUAAUGCAUUAUGUAUGAUGUAUAUUGAAUUUGAUGACGAAAGUUCAAAUUGCAAGCAAUGUUUAAAAUAUGCUAAUGCAUUUAUUGAAAAAUAUAAAAAACUUACGAAAGAUUCUAAUAUUACUGAUAACAGUUCAUAUAAUCAAAUAUUAUCUAAUUUAUCAACUAAUUAUAAUAAUUUUAAAAAGAAAUGUAACGAUUUGCCAUCCAUUUCAACGAUAGAUACAACAGACAAUUCUGUAUACACUUCUGGACUAACUUCUGAAGUUACAUCAAGUUCAUCGAUAGCAAACAAAUUAUUACUCAUUUUAUCGAUAUUUGGUGCAAUAGCAAUUUUUUUAGGAAUUUCUUAUAAGUAUUCAUUAUUUGGAUUUCGGAAACGAUUUAAAAAACAACAAAUAAGAGAAAAAAUAAAAAAUAUAAAGAAGAAAAUGAAUCGUUAA